GGAUUUUAUUUAUAUAUAUAUAUAUGGCUGGGAAUAAACAUAUAUGUAUAUUAUCAGUGUUGUUAUUAGUAGUAUUAUUGGAUAAGAAUAAUAAUGGUGUUAAUGGAGAAGGUGAAUCAGUGCCAUGUUUUUUCAUAUUUGGAGACUCUCUGGUUGAUAAUGGAAAUAACAACAGGCUUCCAACAUCUGCUAAAGUGAAUUAUCAGCCUUAUGGGAUUGAUUUUCCCGGUGCAACUCCCACCGGAAGGUUUUCCAAUGGUCUUAAUCUCGUUGACUUUCUUGGUCAACUUCUGGGCUUUAGAAACUUCAUACCACCCUUUGCCUCUGCUAGUGGAGAUGUGAUACUGAAAGGAGUAAACUAUGCAUCUGGGGCAGCAGGAAUUCGUGAAGAAUCUGGGCAACAUUUGGGUGCUCGUAUCAGCAUGGAUAAACAAUUAGUGAACCACCAAAUCACAAUUUUGCGUAUGAAUGACAUACUACAAAAUUAUAAUAGAUCAAAAACAGUGUCAACCCAAGAGUACUUAAACAAAUGCUUAUACUAUGUUGGAAUGGGAAGUAAUGAUUAUCUCAACAACUACUUCUUACCUCAAAUUUACCCUACAAGUCGUAUGUUUACACCUGACCAAUUUGCUACUCUUCUCAUCAAUCAAUAUCAACGACAAAUUCAGAGAUUGUAUAGCUCUGGUGCAAGGAAGGUAGCCCUAUUUGGAUUGGGAGCCAUUGGUUGCAUCCCAUAUGCAAUCUCAUCAUUUGGGACAAAAAAUGGAUCAGUGUGUGUGGAUGAAGUCAACCAAGCAGUCCAACUAUUCAACCAAAAACUUGUAUCACUUGUUGACCAGUUCAACAACAAAUUCAAUAAUGCAAAGUUCAUUUAUGUCAAUAGUUUUGGAAUAGGCUCUGGGGAUCCCACUUCUGCUGGCUUCAAGUUUUUGAACACAAGUUGCUGCCCAUCAAAUAAUAUUGGUCAAUGCAUACCAAAUGGGAAAGUUUGUGAAAAGAGAGACUUGUAUGUGUUUUGGGAUGCUAUUCACCCAACUCAGGCUGUCAAUGGAUUCACUGCAACAAGAUCUUAUACUGCUCUUCUUCCUUCAGAUACUUAUCCCAUUGAUAUUAAAAGACUUGCUGCCUUACAGCUCUAAGCUCUUAUAUAUAAAUAUAUAUCAUUGAAUCUAAAAUAAUAUAUAUACACAUUUAUAUAUAUAUAUAUAUAUUUAUAUCAUUACAAUAAGAUGGAAUUUGUUUUGUUCAUCAUAUAUGUAUACCAAUAAGGUGUAUCACCCAAAUGAAUAUAAUGAAAACUAUAUGUAACAUUUAUGAUUAUAUAUUAUAAAUAUUCCACCUAUUUAUCACUUUUUUUCCCAUGUGUGUAUAUAAGAUAUAUAAACUAUGAAGAAUAUCAAAAGCUAUUAUAUGUUGAGAUAAGUCAUCAUUUUAGAGUGGACUUUGUCACUUAUAUGUUGA